AUGGAUUCUAGUCUAUUAGACACACCCUAUGACCACCUGACUAAACUCAAAAUUACCGACGCAUUUUGGGGCAACGAUUGCAAUAAGAGAUUGAGUGAGGCGACGAUUGGUCUAUCGCAAUUCUGGACAUACUACGGCAAAGAAUGUGCGCAUGCGCUCCACGAUGGGGGCCGUCAUAUCGCGCUAAGGACGCAUCUGGAUGUCGUAGAGUUAGUCCAUGAUAUUAGAGAAGGCCACCAUAGGGACACGAUCAAGAAAAGUCUGCAGUCGAAGCUAGCAGAAACCCACGAAAAUGAAGACGAACUGCUGGAUAACUCUAUCGACCUAGCUGCGAGUUUACUGCUCAUGUGCGACUGCGGAAGUAGCUCCUCACAUGGAUUCUCGGGCCGCGCCGAAGUGCGAUGGAAGGCUGGGCUAUCCCUGCGGGGGUUUCUUGCAAUUUAUUUUGGCCAAAUACCUGUUCUCGGUCAUGAGAAAGUCAAGCUGGAGAGGAAUUUCAUCGGCAAGAACCUUGAGCGCAUCGCUGGCAUUAGGAUCGUUUGGACAGAUAACCUAGCAGACCACCUGCGGCUGAUAGACGACGACACCAAGGUGCAAGUGUUCCAUCAUGCCUCCUUCCUGGAAUAUCACCGUCGGAGUAGCGAGAGCCUCUUCCCACCAGGCCUAGCACUCGAGACGAUACAAACCUUGGCCCUGCUGUUCCCAUCCACAGAUGGCGAGACCAAAAGAUGGCUGUCAAGAUUCACUGAGGUAGAUCAACGGGUGGCUCAGUGUGGUCGUUUAAAGACAGACCUCCGACAAAUCGAGAGGUUCACGUUUUGGAGGGACCGGCUUGUGAUGUUGAAGCAAGUUUUCGACGAAGCACAGCCGCGAUCUCUCAUGCAAUGGUGGCAUGACCGUCGCAACGGCGUUCAGUGGUAUACAUUCUGGGUUGCCGUGAUGGUCUUAGGGCUAACCGUGUUCUUUGGCUUGGUUCAAAGCGUCGAGGGAGCUUUACAAGUUUGGGCAUCGUUCCACGCUCUGGACUCUGCAGGCUGA